UCUGCGUCGCGUCGUGUUGAUAUUAUGUGAAGUGGCGAACGAAAAGGAUGUAUGUAUACGUACGUCUCGUCUUUCAGUUGACUUUCAUCGUCGUUUUGUAGUGAACGUUUCGCACGGAUAUUGAUAGGAAAUUGCAAUUUCGCUACGUAAUAUAUUUAUUGCAAUCGGCAAUCCUGAGAGAGAAGUUCAGUUACGUGAAGCUUUAGGAUUAUUUUGAACAUUAGAUUACAAGUGCUCUAGAGAAUUCUCUGAACAAAAAAUAGCGCUGGGAAAAAGCGUGGCGCAAUGCAGUGUAUGUUUGGAUGCGAAUUCAAACAGUGUUGUGCGAAUUUAAUACUGAGAGACCGCAGUCUAGUGAAUCGUACAAAAAAGUUGUGGAUUUUGCUGUAGCCAUGCUGCCAAUGGUCCAUACAGAGCCGGUGCUUUUCGAUUUUGGGGGUCCCAGCAUAGACGGAGCCGCAACUCCGUCACCCUCGGUGCCGUCCUCGCUCACGCCGCACUCGGAUGUUGACGAACUUGUAGACAUUUUCUUUGACGUCGAUGUGGCCGUCAACACUUUUUCAAGAGUCAAUUCCUGUGACCUCCAACUGGGAGACACAUGGAGGGGGAUGCAAGGCAAGAUGAGCGUGACAGCGCCGGUUAAGAAGAUAAAGAGAAAGUCAGACAGUAAACCACAAUCGCAAGUAAAUAAGUGUAUCAACGAGAAACGGCGUCGGGAGCUCGAGAACGAGACCAUAAAUCAGUUGGAAGAGCUCCUGGGCACGUGCCUGGCGGAGGUGAAGCAGCCAGACAAGAACGGCAUCGUUCGCGAGGCCACUCGCCAGAUCCAGGAGGUGCUGAACCGGCGCCGCGAGUGCCCUGGCGAGUGUCCGCUGCGCGCGCGCCUCGAGCCCGUACAGGCGGGGGAGGUCAGCUCCACGCAGCCGCAGCCGCCGCCUCCAGGACACCACUACUCUGAGACCACUACACUUAUUGAGGCUCUAAAGCACUACACGAGCAAUCUUGGUUGGGUUUUACUGGAAAUUAAUUCAGAAGGCAAAAUCGUUUGCGUAACCGAGAACAUUAAAGACUUCAUUCUGCAGGACAGAACCGAGUUAUACAAAAAAUCUAUCUUCUCACUGUUGCAUGCCAGGGACCAUGCAAAAAUAAAGCCCUUGUUGAAGAAUAUACAAAGUUUCGGCUGGUCCGCAGGAGACACCGACAAGUUUCAAGCUAUACAAGCCCGACUCGCCAUCCACAACUCGAAUGGGACAGACAACGCUGAAUACGUGGAGGCAGUGAUCCACGCGGCGCCGGUGCGCGGCUCGCCGGCGGAGCAGGCCGGCUCCGUCAUGUGCGUCAUCCGGCGCUGCGAGGACGCGUCGGCCCUGCUCCCCGCGCCCCUGCCCACCGACGGCCCGCCCAGCCGAGCCGACAUCCACAACGACCAGAUCGUCUUCAGAUUGGACUCCAAUUUGGUUAUCUUAACUUGUGAUUUAAGUGGUUUGGAAGACUUAGUAGGGACCCGGUAUUUGGAACUAGUUGAUCAAAGUGAUCGCGUUCGCGUCGCCGCGCAUCUAAAGGGAGCCCCGGGGCUGUCCGCGCCGCCCUCGAUCAGCGACCCCUUCCGGCUGCGGCUCAACGAGCGCCGGCUGCGGGUCAUAGCGCAGACGCGCAUCUUCCGCGCCGAGGCCGCCUCCGACGAGCACGACUUCAUCAUGUCCACGCACACCGUGCUCGACGACGACGCGCCGCUCGACGCCGGCCCGCCGCCGUCCGGCGCCGGCGGGCCGAUGCUGCCCUCCGCGCCCAACGGCGAGGCCUACCGCCCGACCAUGAGCCCCGCCGACUUCAUCGCCAUCAACGACUUCGACCACGACCAGUGGUUCUCGGUGCCCAACUUCCCGAUGGGCGACAUGUCCGAGGAGUCGAAGGAGACGAAGGGCAGCCCGUCGCCCGGGCCGCUGACGCCGCUCACGCCGCGCACGCCCGCCACGCCGGGCGAGCCGCCGGCGCCCGCGGGCGGCGCCGACGAGCGCCUGCGCUCGCUGCUCACCAAGCCCGUGUCGGACGCCUCGGUGGCGUCCGAGAACCGGCUGCUCAAGAACCUGCUGAAGCAGGAGGAGGAGGACGGCGCGUCGAGCGAGACGUCGGCACCGCACACGCCGCUGACGCCGCACACGCCGCACACGCCGGCCGCACUGUCGCCGCACCACUCGCACGCGGCGCGCGCGCUGCCGCACCACCCGCACCCGCCGCACGCGUCGCACUCGUCGCACAUGCUGCAGUCGCAGAUGUCCAUGUCGAGUGCGGCGCUGCAUACUCUUCAGCCGCCUAAUAAUAACGGUUCAGAAAUUUUAUCACGGAUAUUGCACACCAAUUCAGACGAAGACGCUGAAGAAAAUAGGAGAAAUUGUCAAGACGGGAAUCGGUCAUCACAAGUGUCGCAACCUAGUGCGCUGCUAACGCAACUUUUGGCAAACGGGCCGUCGAAUAACGGCCGCUCCACAGACCCCGAGCGAGAUUACCUCCACGAGAGGCUUCAAGGGGUUAAACGAAAAUUUGAGGAGAAUAAAGGUUGCCCUACGAGUAAUGUUAAAAGGCCGACUUCUGAGGCUCAACAGGUGAGCUCGAGUGCGGCGUCGGCGUCACCCACGUGCUCGUCGUCGGCGACGUCACCGUCGACCUCGAGCGCCGGCAUGAGCCCGCUGUGCGCCAAGAACCAGAUCCUGGUGUCGCUGCUGGCGCGGCAGCAGACGUCGCCCACCACGCCCAUGCCGCUGCCCAACGCGCUGCGCGGCUUCCCGGCGCAGCGGCCGCGCGCGCCGCCGCCCCUGCCGCGCCACCAGGCCACCAUCACCAACAUGCUCGCCGCUAACAACAACAGCCGAGCGAGCAGCGUGAACGGCGGCGGAGGGUCGGGUCUGGAGUGCGCGCCCAGCCUCGUGCAGAGCCACCUGCAGCUCGUGCUGCAGGGCGCGCCGCGCGGCUACCCCGCGCCCGCCGCCAACCCGCCCGACCCGCUGCACUACGGCAACACCGCGCCGCUGCACGUCUACAACAACCAGCCCCAAAGCGGCAGUAGUCGGCAGGGCGAGCGCGGCGACAGCGAGGUCCCUUGCGGCGACAGCAUGCUGUCGGCCAUCCUGGACGAGUUCAUCGAGAACAUGCCCGACGCUGACCGCAACGCGCCCGACGGUAUGAAAGAUAGCAAAGCUAUGAUCAAUGCAAUAAGACAAAGUCUUAUGCAAUGUGAAACCGUCACCAAGAGCCCAGUGUCUAGUCCCGGACCGCCGCCGCCUGUGUACUCCGUACAAAAUUUGGGCGGAGGGAGCAUGAGCGGCAGCAACGCGGCAAUGUACAGCAUGAGCGGCGCCGGCGUGGACCCGGCGCGGCGCGGCGGCGACCAGCAGCAGCAGAAGGCGCGCCUGCUGCAGCAGCAGUUGCAGCAGCAGAUGCUCGUGUCGCGCGAGGUGAGCUUCGUGUCACACUACAGGGCGGGCAGCAUGAGCGGCAGCAACGCGGCAAUGUACAGCAUGAGCGGCGCCGGCGUGGACCCGGCGCGGCGCGGCGGCGACCAGCAGCAGCAGAAGGCGCGCCUGCUGCAGCAGCAGUUGCAGCAGCAGAUGCUCGUGUCGCGCGAGGCGGCCGAGCAACCGCAGGCGGACCUCGGCUCGGCGCUCGUGACGGGCGCGCCGCCCAACGUCACGCUGCAGCGCACCCCCGACUAUCACCGAUUGUAUAUAUCCCCUUCUAAUCAAUUGGGGUCAAAUUAUGGUACAAAUAAAAUUACUUCGACGCAACAAAACCCAAUGUUAUCGCAACAACUAACCGGGUCGCGGUACAGCGCGGCGCUGGCGGCGCACUCGGCGGCCGCGCUGCACACGCCCAUGUCGCAGCAGCCCUACCACCGUGCGCCGCGCCCGCAGCCGGUGGGCAGCUACUACGACGAGGGCGCCGGCUACUGCGGCGAGUACGCGCCCGCGCGCCGGCCGCCGCACGCGCCGCACGGCCCGCACGCGCCGCACGGCCCGCACGCGCCGCACGGUCCGCACGGCCCGCACGGCUCGCACGCCCCGCACGGCCCGCACGCGCCCAUCUCGCCGCACACGCCGCACCAGGUGCACCCGCCGCCCCAUGACCAAGUCUUGUCAUGCGCGGGCAGCGGCGGGGUGGGCGGCGCGGGCGCGGGCGCGGCGGGGGGCGGCACGUCGGAGUACGUGCGCAACGAGCUGCGCGCCGUGGUGGGCGCGCGCUCGGCGCGGCCCGACCUGCAUCCGCACCUCGCGCCCGACCUCGACCCACUCAUGAGCUUCGACAUGUCCACGUCGAGCGAGUACUACGGAGGCGGGCUCGGCGGAGGCGGCGGCGGCGGCGGCCCGCGGUGAUGAGGCGCCGGCGACCUCGGGCGGCGGGCGCGCGCCGGCGGCGGCCGCGAACGCGUCGCUGCUGCAGAAGCUGCUCUCGCAGUGACUCUCACUCGCUCCCACACUCGCUAAAGUUGCAUUUAUUACUUUAUCGAUCCUUCGGGUGGACGAUACUCGACGAUACUUAAAUUCCAUCGUAACGAACGUCGUCGUUCCCGGUUACGGUCUACGCGGUACCUCUACGGCUGUAAAUCUCGCGGCGCGAGAAUAAUCAUAGUACACGUAUUUAUAGAACGUCUUAUAAUUAUGUCGAUAUGUAGUCUAGUAGUGCUAGUUAUAUAUGGAGUUGUAAAAAUCGUUUUGUUGAUGAAAUAUUUUUGUCUUGAGUUCUUUGAGAACGUUGUUUAAGAUUGAUCUUUACAUUUCUAUGAGUAGUUUUUUUUUUCGAACGAGAUUUUAGUUCGAGACGAAUUAUGAUGGUAGCUUCCAGCGACGGAAAAAUUAGUUUUAUUUUACAAUGUACUCGUACGCCUAGUACAUACAUCAUGUACGAUAGAAAUGUACCGUGUGCAAUAUGAUAUAGAUUUAAAAUCAUAUUAGGCGUUGUGAACGUUUAUGUAAUAUAGUAUGAAAGUCAGAUGUUACCUGUUAUGACAAAGUAAUUUGUAUUAUAGUAUACUAGAGACGACAGAGUGAGUUUUAGGACAUGGAAUUACACUAAAUUUGUAUAAUGAAAAUUGACUAGAAAUGUUAUCAUAAGUAAACAUAUUUGUUCCUUGUGAAAUAGUUACAGAGACGUGACUCCAAAUGAUUAUAACAAAAUGUUGUUAGUCCUAAAACUCAUUCUGUAUUCAUAAUGAGACAUCAAGUGAAACAAAGAAUAAUGAUAAUGAUGGCGUGUAAAUACUGUGUUGUUAAAUUAAUUAUAUAUAAUUAUGUUGCUUUAAUGUAAAUAUUUUUUUAAAUCUUUGUGUUUCAUGUGCCUAUGAUAUUUUAUGUUAUUCUCGUACAUUGUUUUCUUUGGCAUUGCAUUAUUUAUAAUUUGACAAUUAUUCAGAAUUCUAUUCUAAUAAUGUUUUUAUUAUAUUGGUUGGUAGUCUUGUGCAUGUUUAUAAUGUAAGUCUUUCCGGAAAUAUUGUUAGCCCCCUAGUGCAAGAUCGUCUAUAGUUUACAUUUACAACAUCGCGAGAGUGUUGUUGAAUAACAAUAGUCGCAAAGCUAGAAAUCCUAGUUAGAUCUUUAGGAAAUUGUUAAGAUCCUCCGUCUAGGGUAGAGUGGGCAGGAUGUAUUAAACGACCGGCGUGCCGCACUAUUAUAAAUAAAUGUGCUGAGCGAUGUGUCCAAGCGUGAACAACGUCGAUGUUACUUGUCAACUAUUGUACAUACAGCUCCUGUUAAAUGCACUAACUUGAUGUGUGAACUUCGGCUACUUCAGAUAAGGAUGGUCGACCGUGUAGACUAAAGCAAAACGUUUUAUCUCAAUAAUUGGCGAAAGUUACAACUUCAAUUUAAACUCAACCUGCCCGUCUUUCAUCGAAAAAGUAAUCAAUAUUCAUCUAGCAUCAAAAUGUACAAAUUAUUCAAUUAUAGUGCACAAUAAAAAUAAGGGCACUGACUAAUAUUUUGGUGUUUGUAAAAUAUAACGUAGUGCUCUCAUUUGUCGGUCUCAAAUGUACAAAAUAUUAAAAUUACAUUUAAGAUAACUAAUUUUAUUCAAAAUUGUACAGACGUUAUUCACAAACUCGAACACUCGGGACCAUAACAGGCUGGACGAGGCAACCAUAGUUCCGCUCCACGGUCGCCGCCGCCGCGCCGCGCCGACUGGAAGCAAACCGACUACUCUAAUCUUACAAACCACUGUAGCUCAAGCGGCUCAACUACUAUAUUAGUCUUCGAUGUCUUAUACCCGCGAUACAACAUUGGCGAAUGACAAUAAAACAAACGAAUAUAAAUAAGGUAUGUACUUAAAUAGACUUGGGGGUACCAACAUUUCACAUGCAUAAAUCCUACCGUUACUUUGCAGACCUACUCUUAUAAAGCGACACACGAGUAGCCAGUAGCACGUAGAAUCACGACAAAGAGUAAUGUGAUGUUUUAAGAUUUUACCUAACUAAUGAGUAACGUACAAAUAGUCUGUAGAAGAUAUCCAUAAACCAAAACGAGUAAUGUGUAUAGGAUAAGAAUAUUUUUCUACCAAUGAAAAGUACCAUAGUUUGGAAAUGUAGACUACUGACCAAUUUGUUUGUGAAAGUAGUUAUGGGGAAGGGCACACCGGCUAGGUUAGCGUAGCGAUCAUCGCACACUAGCUUACCGUAGCUAGCUAGCUGUUAAAAUAUCUACAUCUGGAACUAUGAUUACUGCAAGUGAUUUUUUUUAUUUCCUCAUAAAAUUAUUAGAUAAGAUUUGUUUUAUGUACUAAAGAUAAAAGAAUAUAGCAAUAUUUCUAUUCAUUCCAUUUAUUUUAAGGGGGAAAUGUCAGAUAGAUAAAUAUCAAAUCAAUAAGUACAAGUGAUGGCCUUUUAAUAUGACAACAUUUAACCGUAAUAGAUGAAGAUUAGUCAGUCCACCCACACAUGCAUAUAUUUACAUACGGAAUAUAUGGACUUAUCGGAUCGCUAGAAGGAACUGCAUGAAAUGCCGUCACUUAUUUACGUCAUGAAGCGAAUAAUUGUACACUAAAAUUAUAUUUUUUGCAGAUUUACGCUAACAUAGUGAAUACCUCAUAUUGUCUCAUAAAUAAUCUGAAGACACGUCCAUACACCACAAGCAGUUGAAUAUGUACAUUGAAACAAUGUAAAUAAAUAGAUGCAGCAAAUACAUGAGUAACAUAGGUGCCUGGAAUUUAAAAUAAAUAAAAGAUAUUUUUUCUAAGCAUCCAAACAGAACGAUAAAUUUUGAUAUCGAAUAGCUACAUUAAUAAAUUUACGUACUUGUAUGAAAUACGAGUAAAAUUAUAAUAAGCAGCGAUUAGGCAAAAUUAAGAUUUUCAUUCAUAAUCUAUAUCUGUAACUCUAGGUUUAUAAACUCCGGAAAAGUGAGAAUGGGCUUAAUAAUUAUAUACGAUUGUCGGUGAUUUGUAUGAAAAUUGGUAAUAAUAUAAAC